AUGUUUGCUAGGACCCUUACAAUCUGCUUGUUGACUUUAUUGAAGCUAACGGAAAUAUUGUGGAAGCUAGCGAACAUUCUCGUGUUAAGCGACUUGCUCUUCUUCCCUCUGAAUGGGCAUCAGGGCGAGCGCUUCAAUUUUAUACUGUCUAUUCUUCAUAUCCUGUGGCCCGGAGGAAUCGUCCCAUAUGACAUAGCCUCACAUUACGCUCAGCAUGAACGAAGCGUGAUUUUGUCUGCGAUGGCUGAAUUUCCCAAGUAUACUUGCAUAACUUUCAGACCUCGGACAGAAAGAGAUCUGUAUUACUUGUCUAUUAACAAGUACUACAAACAGGAUUACGUUGGCCGCCAAACUUCUAUCUAUUUCCGAACAAGGGAAGGAAAAUUCGAAACGCGAAUGAGAUUGCAUGAAAGUUGCCUCCGUUACGGCGAACGUGGUCGAGGAACAGUGAUGCACGAAUUGAUGCAUGCUCUUGGCUUCCAUCACGAACAUCAAAGAGAAGACCGUGAUCCCCGCGUGAAAGGCAAUUCUUAUUGGGAGACCAUAGUCUACCCAAGGAAUAAGGCUUACUAUAUGGGCGCAUACGAUCCAACAUCAAUUAUGCAUUACGACUUCCCGGGACUCACCUACCCCAGGACGCACUUCAGCCGAAGCGAUAUUGCUCGUAUCAAUACUCUGUAUAGGUGUCCGCAGGCGAAGAAUUACUUUAAGAAUUCGUUACAGCAACGGCAACAAUUCUCACAAAAAAGAAGCCCUUGGCAGUAUGAACGUAUGUAGCU